GAAUGGAACUGAAGAACAUUUUAAAACAUUCUUCAUGUUUUUAACAUUUGAAUCCAUUUUUAUAGGCAGAAAUGCUGUAAGUAUUUCCUUUAACCCCAAUCAUUAGACCUGAUGUGAUGAUGUCGUUCUCGAAACACACUGAUCGAUAUCGUGUGUACUAAGCGCGUGAGAUGAUCAGUUUGACGCUCCGCUGCGCGAGCGAUGAGCGCGUCAGACCGCUGCGAGUGAAACAUGAAGGAUCGCACGCAAGAACUCCGACAUGGGAAAGAGGCAGGAGAGGAGGAUGACGUGACUGUUGGUGUUGAGAAAGGCUUCAUGGACGAGUUCUUUGAGCAGGUGGGGGAGAUUCGAGGAUUUAUUGACUCAUUGGCAGAGAAAGUACAAGAAGUGAAGAGAAACCACAGCACUGUUCUGGCCUCUCCAAACCCCGAUGACAAAACAAAAUCAGAGUUGGAGGAGUUGAUGACAGAUAUUAAGAAGCUGGCUAAUGAAGUGCGCUCCAAAUUAAAGAAUAUCCAGAAGAGCAUCGAGCAGGAGGAGGCUCUGAAUCGCUCAUCAGCUGAUCUGAGGAUACGCAAAACACAGCACUCCACACUGUCACGUAAAUUUGUUGAAGUGAUGUCGGAAUAUAAUGCAACACAGUCAGACUACAGGGAGCGCUGUAAAGGACGAAUUCAGAGACAACUGGAGAUCACUGGAAGAAAUACAACUAAUGACGAGCUAGAGAGUAUGCUGGAGAGUGACAAUCCAUCCAUCUUCACUUCAGGAAUCAUCAUGGACUCCAACAUCAGUGAGCAGGUCAUGAAUGAGAUUGAGACAAGACACAAUGAGAUCAUCAAACUGGAGAACAGCAUCCGUGAGCUGCAUGACAUGUUCAUGGAUAUGGCCAUGCUUGUGGAGAGUCAGGGAGAGUUAGUGAAUAAUAUUGAGAAGAAUGUGAGUAAUGCUCAGGAUUAUGUGGAAAAGGCCAAAGAAGUAACAAAAGCAGCUGUUAAAGUCCAGAAGAGCAGCAGAACGAAGAUGAUCCUGAUGGCGGUUUGUGUGGCCGUCUGUCUUCUCGUCCUCAUCAUCUCACUUGCAAUUGGAUUGAGCUGAUCAAGAGCUCUGAUUGGCCCGUUCAAACAUAUAUAUGAUGCUCAGAAGAUGUAAAGAUGGAGAAUUUCAUUUGUCACAUGCAUGAUGGUGAAAUGAUGUCAAGUUUGAAUGUAUAAUAAAUGUACUGUAUGAUGAAAUGAGAUGUAUGUGAGAACUUCAUGUUUUGUGUAGCGUGUUGUGUUUGCUGUUGUUGCAUUGUGGCAUGUUUGAGAUGCACGAGUGAUGUUGCGUUAUAUUUGUGUGCAUGUAAUAAAGUGUUUAUAAAGUGCUGUGCUCCUUCGGUUGAAACGCUGCAGAUGUGGAGAAGAAUGUUAUCAGGAGAAAGAGUAAAAAGACAAUGAAGUCUAUAUUUAUGUUCAUUCAUAUUUUUGCAUUACAUCAGUAUUUUCGUAAUAAUUACAGUAAAGGCCCCAGUAUACUUCCGGAGAAGUAGAUCUUCAUUCUUACAACAGUAUAAUGUUUGCGAACAUUCAGACACCCGUCACAGCGCUGUGGGAGCCGUUUAGAGGAGCAUUAAAUAUGAGGACACCUAAACUAAUGUGACAUUAACAUGUGUUAUCAUGCCUCAUUCUGAAUAUAAUUCACAUGAAGUCAGUAACAGAAGCUGUUUUAAGCACUCGAAGAUGAUUUAAAUGAAAAUAUAUGCAGUAGGAAAUGUUGAAUUUGUCUUGUUUACACUCUGAAUUCAUGACGCACGCCAUACUACUCUCUGUUAUUGUAAUUUACCAUGACACGGAUACUACUGCAAAGAGAAUACAGAUAAAAGAAUGAUGAUAUGAGGGGCACAUGUUACUUUGGGCAGAUGUGUGAAUGGCUGUCGCUGCACAUGGCACAUGACUGAAUGGGCACUUUAGAGAAUUUGAGUAGAUUUGAUUCAUUUUGUAGAUUAAUUAAACAAAACAAAAUCGCAUGACAUGUUCUUUCACGCCGGUGUGUUCAUGUUAAAUACUGACAGAAAAACAUAAACAAAGUAGUUGAUGGAAAUUCAGGCCACACCCACCGAUGACGUGGACCAAUGGCAGCAAGAAGGUGUUUAGCAGCCGGUUAGAAGUUUUCCUGAAAGUUCGCCCUGGGGUGUAUGGCAAGCCAUUUUAACUUUUAAUUAAUUUGCAGGAUAUUUAUUGUUGAUGUCAACAAUUCAGUUUCCAGUACUACAAAUGUGAAUUCUUCAUAUAUAAAAAAAAUGCAAUUUCAACUGGUAAAAAAAAACAAAUUUGAUAUCUAUAAUUACAUUUUCACUAGUAAAGAUUCACAGCGAUAUGUCAU